AUGGGAAGAGGGAAGAUUGUGAUUAAGAGGAUUGACGAUUCAACAAGCAGGCAAGUGAUUUUCUCAAAGAGAAGAAAUGGAUUGCUCAAGAAAGCAAGAGAGCUUUCGAUUCUCUGCGACGCACAAGUUGGAGUCAUUUUGUUCUCCAGCACAGGCAAACUCUAUGAAUAUGGAAGCUCCAGCAUGAAAUCUCCUAUUGAGCGCUACAACAAAGUAAAACUCGAACACCAUCAGCAUAUGAAUCCUGAAUCGGAAGUCAAGUUUUGGCAGAGAGAAUUGAUAGUAUUGAGGCAACAACUGCAACACUUGCAAGAAUGCCAGAGACUAGAGGGUAAAGUGGCUCUUGCGGCUGGAGCAGAAAGUGGGAUAGGCGAAGCAACAGUGAGGCUAUUCGCUCAUCAUGGAGCCUUGGUCGUAGCAGCAGAUAUUCAAGACGAACUUUGCCAUGAAGCCGUAGCUUCCAUAGCCUCAAACACAGUGACUUAUCAUCACUGUGAUGUGACAGACGAAACCCAGGUGGAAGAAACAGUGAACUUCACUCUGCACAAAUAUGGAACCCUAGACAUCCUCUUCAGUAACGCAGGAAUAUUAGGUCCCUUGUCCGGCAUCCUCGACCUCGAUCUCCACGAAUUCGACACCAACAUGGCCAUUAACGUCCGAGGCAUGGUUGCGACAAUCAAGCACGCUGCUCGUGUUAUGGUGGAAAGGAAAAUACGAGGAUCAAUCAUAUGCACUACGAGCUUGGCUGCUUCCAUUGGAGGGUCUGGUCCUCAUGCUUAUACGACAUCCAAGCAUGGUCUUCUUGGACUGGUACGAUCUGUGUGUGGUGAACUCGGUGAGUAUGGGAUUCGGGUGAACUGUGUGUCGCCGGCGGCAGUUGCUACGCCUCUUGUGUGUUCGGUGUUUAAUGUUAAAGCUCAUCAAGUUGAAGAUGCGUCUUCGAAGUCUAAUCUUAAAGGGGUUGUGUUGAAAGCGAAGCAUGUUGCAGAAGCAGCUUUUUUUCUUGCUUCUGAUAAGUCUGUUUAUAUCAGUGGACACAACUUGGUGGAAGAAGGUGGCAUCUCUAUAGUUAAAAAUAUUUUUUCUAAGGAUUAA